AUGGUAGAAAACAUUUCCGGAACAAACCUUAGCUACCGUGGAGAUACCGGUGGCAUCGAGGACGCCAUAGAUGGCGAACAUUUGCAAACUGACUCCAAAUGCUAUGACGACGAUGGCCAUGUUAAACGAACAGGAACUGUUUGGACUACAUGCUCCCACAUAAUAACAGGUGUGAUAGGAUCUGGAGUGCUCUCCUUAGCCUGGUCCAUAGCUCAGAUGGGUUGGAUUGCUGGUCCUGCAACCAUGAUUUUUUUCAGUAUCAUCACUCUGUAUACUUCAUCAUUUCUCGCUGAUUGUUAUCGUUGUGGCGACACUGAAUUUGGAAAGAGAAACUAUACUUUCAUGGAUGCAGUUCACAAUAUUCUUGGCGGUCCCAGUGUUAAGAUUUGUGGGAUAGUUCAGUACUUGAAUCUUUUUGGAAGUGCAAUAGGAUACAAUAUAGCGGCUGCCAUGAGCAUGAUGGAAAUCAGAAAGUCUUACUGUGUCCAUUACUCUCGUGGAGAAGACUCAUGUCACAUAUCGGGCAACGCAUACAUGAUAGCUUUUGGUGUGGCACAACUUUUCUUUUCUCAAAUUCCAGAUUUUCAUAAUACGUGGUGGCUCUCAAUAGUUGCAGCAGCCAUGUCGUUCUUCUAUUCUACAAUUUGUCUCGCUCUUGGAAUUUCAAAAGUUGCAGAAACGGGUACUAUCAUGGGUAGCCUCACGGGAAUAAGCAUCGGGACAGUGACCCCGGCCCAAAAAGUAUGGGGGGUUUUCCAAGCUCUUGGAAAUAUCGCCUUUGCGUAUUCAUAUUCUUUCAUUCUCCUGGAAAUUCAGGACACCAUCAGAUCUCCACCGUCGGAAAGAAAAGCAAUGAAGAAGGCUGCAAAGCUAAGUAUUGGAGUAACCACAACAUUUUAUUUGCUCUGUGGCUGCAUGGGCUAUGCUGCUUUUGGAGAUGCUGUACCAGGUAACCUGCUCGCCGGGUUUGGUGUCUCGAAAGCAUAUAUUAUUGUAGAUAUGGCUAAUGCUGCUAUUGUAGUUCACCUUUUCGGAGCAUACCAGGUGUAUGCCCAACCCCUCUUUGCCUUCGUUGAGAAAGAGGCGGGAAAAAAAUGGCCCAAAAUUGACAAAGGAUUCAAAGUUAAAGUUCCCGGUUUGCCAGUCUACAAUCAAAACAUAUUUAUGUUAGUUUGGCGGACAAUUUUUGUUAUCAUUGCCACAUUUAUUGCAAUGUUGAUUCCUUUUUUCAAUGACGUUUUGGGAGUAAUUGGAGCAUUGGGAUUUUGGCCUUUAACUGUUUACUUUCCCGUGGAGAUGUAUAUCAUACAGAAGAAGAUCCCAAAAUGGAGUAGAAAAUGGAUUUGUCUGGAAAUAACGAAUAUUUUCUGCCUCAUAGUAUCUAUUGUGGCUGGUCUUGGCUCAUUGGUUGGUGUCUGGAUUGACCUGCAGAAAUACAAACCAUUCAGCUUAACAAAUUGA